CGUAACGGUACGGUUGCAAUCGUCGACAAUUCUAAAGUUUCUCCCGCAGUUCAAGUGAGUGAAGAAAAGUGUGGUGCUGUACUGCUGCAAAACGAAGUGAUUAUAAUUAUGGCUGGAAAAUCGAGUGAGGAAGUUGAGCAACAACAGCAAGAUCAAAGCGAAAACUCGGAGCAGAACCAAGCAGAGCCGUCGGCGGAGUCGAGUGUCGUUGCUGCUGCGGCAGCAGCACCGGAAGCAGUUGUUGAUCCGGAAUGUCUGAUCAAGCACCCAUUGCAGCACACCUGGACCCUCUGGUAUCUUGAGCUUGAUCGUUUGAAAACAUGGGCCGACUCAAUGAACGAAGUAACCAGCUUCUCGACCGUGGAGGAUUUUUGGAGCCUUUACAAUCAUAUCCGCGGUCCGUCCGAAAUCAAGGUUGGCGGCGAUUACAUGCUAUUCAAAUCGCAUAUUCGCCCGAUGUGGGAGGAUGAGGCAAACAUUCGCGGUGGCCGGUGGACGGUCAGCAUGAACAAACAUCUUUCGGACAAGUACUGGCUGGACACAGUUUUGUGCCUGAUUGGAGAAGCGUUUGAAUAUUCGGACGAGAUUUGCGGUGCUAUUGUAAAUGUUCGCCAGAAGAUCGACAAAAUAUCUAUCUGGACUGCAAACUCCCAGCAUCGUGAAGCGGUGAUGGACAUCGGACGCACUUAUAAAGAACGGUUGAACCUACGAGCACAGAUUAAUUACCAGAACCAUAAGGAUACAAUGAUUAGGACGGGUUCAACGACAAAGGCCACCUAUUCCGUCUAAAAGACCACGAUGAAUUUUGAACGGUUUGGGUUUUGGUUUGUUUUUUUUCUCGGCAAACUGAAAGGAUUAUGCUCAGCAGCUGAUAGCGAGACAGAAAUCAUACGAAGCGAGAACAGGAACGUAAACUAGAUUUAAUUAUAGAAACGGCAGCCGAAACCAUGGAAAUAGCAGAGGAAGAAAUACAAGAAGAAUUUUUUACCAUCAACAAUAUCCUUAGCUAGAUUGAGGAGCGAAUUCGGAGCGCGAUGUUCAAUGCGCAUUUGAGGGGCUCUUAAGUGUAGCUCACAAUGUUUGGCACAGGAAAGCUGGGAGCUACGUGGCGUUGUAUCUAUUCCUUGUUGUUCAGAGCAUCUGCUGGAUUCGAGGUGCAUUGCAUUGUAAGGAGCAGGUAGUGAAUCGAAAAGAGUAGGGUAGGUCGCUGAAUCGAAUUUAAACGAUUUUUCGCGGAUCGUGACUGAUCGGCCCGCGUAUAACAACGACCACGUAUGUGUGUUCAAUCAGCAACAUCUCUGCCCCAUUUUAUCGCUUUCUCUUUACGUCGUUUACGCUUCGUGGCAAUGGUUUGUAUUGCAAAGAAUAGAUGAAAAAAUCGUUAAUCUUUGCUCGUGUAUGGUGAAGCUGUAGUCUCCGGUCUGAAAAGAUUGAAUCCAAAAUCAAUCAGCGUUUUAAACCGGAUUCAGGUUGAUAAAAGGUUGGAAAAUCGAAUAGAAAAGCUGCGGAAUUUUGGGUUUGAAGAUUUAGAACCGGUAAAACGAUAUGCAGCGGAACAAAAAACGGCAACUUCACGAACAGAUGAACGAUCCGUUUCAAUCGGAAGGUCUUGCGCUGGUACGUACCGGAAACUUGUUUAGGGGAUAAGUAAUGGAGUGAAAAAUGAAAUUAUGUACUAAUUGCCGCUAUUGUUUACGAAUAAUUUGAAUAUACAUAUACACAACACAACAUGUGCAUGCGUAUAGAUGAGAAGGCAGAAUGAUAUUGAUUGAUUGUGUAAUAUUUUUAUAUUACUCAUUAUUUUUAAAUGAAUUGUAACGUAAAUUAUUCAAUUUUGAAGAUAGCUCGUUACAAAAGAAUUAUAGCGCUGGAAAUAAAUAAACUGAAGAAAGGAAUUCGGAUGUUUUUAAC